UGUAAAUUAUUCUUUGAUUAACAAUCAUAUAGGUAUAUGAUUUUACAUAUUUUUUUAAACUACCCUUUUCUUUGUUCGCGAAACAAACUUAAAAACAGGUUUUGAUUUAAAAUAUAUUUUAUUUAUAUAUUAAAGAUUUUAUUUAAAGAUUAUGUAAAACGCGUCGAUAAAAGAAAUUUAUCUAAAGAUUUAUCUCGCCCGCCGUGUGGCGCCGUUGGCACGGCGCUAUGUGCGCUCUGUGUAUCUCGUGAACGGCUUUCCGGUGUGUUGCGCGUUCAUACGGUUUAUUUAUUAUUGCAAUUCUUUUCUGUGCACAUCUGUCAUCUCGACAGUCGCUGUCGCGUGCGGAAAGGGUACGACGAGAAGAGGAACAACAAAUUCAGGCCCGUAAGAUUCGGUGGAAAGGACGAGCUGUCGCUGCGUUCUCGCAGAUUCGCUUGUCAUAUGACGGUGGCAUCGACACCCACGGGUGGAGCGGAGUGGCUCCUGUCACGCUCGUGAGAGGACAGAGCGGCGGCGGCCGGACGUGUGUGUGUCAUCGCGCGAACAUGCUGUCCCCGCUGUUCCGGCGAGGGGAUCGCGAGCAGAGAGCGAGCGACUUGUGCGCGAGGUCUGCGCCCGUAUCUUCUCGGAGACUUCAGCUUAGCAGAUAAUACCCUGCAACUGCGCGAGAAAAGCCGCGCGGUCUACGAUUCGUGGGUCCGUCCGUCCGUCCGGAAAUGACACGUGCCGAUCUGUGAAUUGACGAGACGACGAUACUUGUUUUACAUACGUUCGUGCGCCUUCGCCUGUCCCUUUCUCUCUCUUCUCUCGGUGAAUUUAUUAUGCUAUCAACAUGACCACAAUACCGCUGACUGAUAAACAGCUUCAUCAACUGAGCAUUAGUAUUGGGAAAGCUGUAAGCUCGGCGGAAACGCCAGUUAAGGAAAAACAUGUCAGAAGUGCCAUUAUUGGUACAUAUAGAGAGAAGAGUGGCUGCAUCUUCUGGACGUAUAUGCUGAGACAGCCAUUGCAGGAGAAUCAGAUAGUUGCAUGGAAAUUUUGUCAUGUUUUGCACAAGGUGUUGCGCGAGGGACAUCCCCGGGUCAUUGUUGAUUCCCAGCGGUAUCGCGGCAAGUUAGAGGACAUCGGGAAGCUCUGGCAACACCUCAGAGAGGGUUAUGGUCGUCUCAUACAGCUGUACACAAGACUGUUAAUAACUAAAUUAGACUUUCAUAAGCGAAAUCCACGCUUACCUGGCAAUUUGCAUGUAACGCCGGAAGAGCUCGAAGCGAUUGGAGAAAAUGAUAUUAAUAUAUACUUUCAGAUGUCCGUCGAAAUGUUUGAUUACAUGGACGACAUUUUGAACUUACAGCAUGCAGUUUUUGGUUCUCUGGAUCUAUCACGAUCUAAUUCGAUGACACCAUGCGGUCAGUGCCGACUCGCGCCUUUGAUACCAUGUAUCCAGGACGCUUCACAGUUGUAUGAUUGUGGCGUGAAAAUCCUCUUUAAGCUCCAUGGCGCGCUCCCGGCUGAUACGUUGACUGGACACCGCGAUAGAUUCUCGAAACAAUUUCACGAACUAAAGAGCUUUUACAAUACAAUCAAACAUAUGCAGUAUUUUAAACAUUUGAUAACAAUUCCAUCGUUGCCUGAGAAACCACCUAACUUUUUAAUACAAGCCGAGUUAAGAACGUACGUCACGCCGAUAGUAGUACUUCCGCCAGAGGCAUCUAUUGAUUCCGAGACUGCCAUAGAAAAUCUUAUUGAUACAUCUGAUACAGGAUCAUUAACAGGCGAUCAGUUGGAUUCUGUAAAUACACGAAACGGCUCGAUAUCACCUGAUGCUCUUGUACAAAGAGACAGUCUUAUUGAGCACCUGUAUCAAGAAAAUGUUCGUCAAAGACAAGAAGUAAAUAAUUUGUUAAUGGACCAUCAACAGAUAGUUGCAGAUUUUAGAAAUCGCGUUCUAGAAUUGGAAUCGACUCUUUCUACUAAAAGUAACGAAAUCGUAAUGGAGAAACAAACUUGUCAGAAGUUAAUGAAGGAAAACGUAACUAUAUUAGCGAGAGUUGAAGAAAUUGAAGGAAAAAAUGAAGUCUUGGAGGAAAAAUUCAAAAAAUUGAAGGAUGUUUACUCGAAGCUGAGAGAAGAGCAUAUCGGUAUAAUUAGAAAGAAAGCUGAACUAGAAAAAGAAUUGGGAGGAAUAAAGAUAUUACGAGAGCAAUCUGAACGUCGGACAUUGAAGGCGGAAGAGCGAUUACAAGAGUUGCUUCAAGGACAAAUGUCAUCGGAACAAGAAACACAGAGAGUAGCGCAAGCACGCGAAGAUUUGGAGGAUGUUAGAAAGAAACUCGACACUGUCCAAACUGAAAAUUUGGCAUUGAUUGCAAAAAUAGAUUUUAUUACAUCCGAGAAAACAGCUUUAGAAGGAGAUCUCCAUGACUUACUGGUACAAAAGGAGGAACUGGAUUUACGAAUAGCAAAUUUGGAAGCCGAUGCUGAACGAUCGCUUAAUCAGAUGAAAACUGACGCUAAUACGGCUUUGUUUGAUUUAUUAUUAAACGCUAUAUCGGAGGCGGAAUCUAUCUUGCAACACGCGAUGCAUAUGAUCGAUAAUCCAGCCAUAUCAGCACUAACUUGUAUGCCCGAUUAUCUCGGAAGUUUACUGGCGCCGACAGAAAAAUCGUUUAAUGAUUUAGAGGAAUCAUACAACAAUUAUAUGCUUGAUACAACGAAGGGAAAAGUGCUAAUUCGUACUGCUAUACACGGUGCAUACUUUCUGGCUCUCUAUCUAAUAUGUGCAAAAUCUACUUCGAAUACAUCGACGGAUAUUGGUGUAGCCGACAGAUUUGCUGAUGAAUGCAAACAAUUAGGUUCGCAAGGUUUAAUUAUGUUGAGUUAUAUCAAAGAGAAGUCUUCAAUGACCAAUGCACAAAUUGCAAAUGUCAAAAGUCAACUACAAAAAAUUUCGUCUCUUAUAAGUACAUUAUCGACUACUCAGAACAACGUGGAAAUUAUCGGGACUUUAGUAGAAAGCGAGUUGCAGAGUAUGGAUAAAGCUAUAGAAGAAACGGUUGCAAAAAUACAGGAUAUGUUGGAUAAAUCUCGUGCGGCAGACUCGGGUUUAAAACUAAAAGUGAAUGAACAGAUCUUGGAUUCUUGCACGGAUCUAAUGAAAUGCAUAAGAAAAUUAGUGCAAAAGUCUCGAUUGCUGCAGAAAGAAAUUGUGGAACAAGGAAAGGGAACUGUUUCUGCCACUGAAUUUUAUAAACGUAACCAUCAAUGGUCCGAGGGUCUUAUCUCGGCAGCGAAAGCGAUUGCUAUGGGCGCAAACUUUUUGUUAGAAGCAGCGGAUAAAGUUGUGCUAGGCAAUGGCAAAUUCGAGCAAUUGGUUGUUGCCUCGCAAGGAAUCGCGGCAUCUACCGCGCAAUUGGUAGUUGCUAGUCGAGUUAAGGCUGAUAGAAAUAGUAAUAAUUUGACUGAACUCUCUAAAGCUUCGAGAGAAGUGACUCAAGCUACAGCAAAUGUUGUAGCAACCGCUAAAAGUUGCAAUCAUCUUGUCGAGGAAAACGAAGAUCUGGAUAUGUCGAAUCUGAGUUUACAUCAGGCAAAAAGGCUCGAAAUGGAAGCUCAAGUGCGAAUUCUAGAACUGGAACAGGCUCUAGAAACUGAAAGAUUACGUCUAGCUGCUCUUCGACGUUAUCAUUAUCAGCUUGAUGGGGAGAAUGAAGCGUAAACUGAUCAUUUUGAACUUAGAUUAAAGAUAUUCAGCAUUACAAAAAUUAUAUGUAACGAUAAAAAAUCAUAACAAUUAUGUAAGUUAGUCUCGACCAGUCUCGAUUAAACUAAUCAUCAUAGAAAUUAA